CCCUCCUCCUUAGCAAUCUGUUCAAACCCCCAGACACUCCUGGGCACUGCUGAAGGGACCAGUCCCAGAUUGGGACAAUAAAAUCCCUGACACCACUAUUCGGGAGGCCUCGGGGGGAGAGGCCCCGCCAGCCACGCGGGUAUAAAGCUGCCCCCUGUGCUGGGCACUGCACUGCAGCAGUCAUUUGCUUGGCUCCUCCGUCACGCUCCAAUGGAUAUCACCAUCCACAACCCCCUGAUCCGCAGACCUCUGUUUUCUUGGUUGACACCGAGCCGUAUCUUUGACCAGAUAUUUGGAGAGCACCUGCAGGAGUCAGAGCUGCUCCCUACCUCUCCCAGCUUCAGCCCCUUCCUGAUGAGAUCCCCCUUCUUUCGGAUGCCCAGUUGGCUGGAGACGGGACUCUCAGAGAUGCGACUGGAGAAGGACAAAUUUUCUGUAAAUCUUGAUGUGAAGCAUUUCUCCCCUGAGGAGCUAAAAGUGAAGGUGCUCGGGGACAUGAUAGAAAUUCAUGGGAAACACGAGGAGCGCCAGGAUGAGCAUGGCUUUAUUGCCAGGGAGUUCAGCAGGAAAUACAGGAUCCCAGCUGACGUGGAUCCCCUGACCAUAACCUCAUCACUCUCUCUGGAUGGUGUCCUGACGGUGAGUGCACCGAGGAAACAAAGCGACGUCCCUGAACGAAGUAUUCCUAUCACCCGUGAAGAGAAGCCUGCCAUUGCAGGAUCCCAAAGGAAGUAGGCUGCUAUAUAAUGUCACACCAGGGCCAUUCAAGAGCACUUCUCAUCAGAUGCCAGCUGUACUCAAUGGCCACUCUUAUUUAUUUAUGCUGAGUAAGUUUACUAACAAAUAAAACAUGAAUAAGCAGUCUGUAGUUUUUGGUUUGGAGCACUUGAGACAAGGGAAGUGUUGGCUCAAGAAAGCCAUGUAAGUUUGUUGAAUAGGGAAACAUAUCUGGCAUCAUUCUUGCUUACAGCUUGUGUGGCAGAUGUGCCCAGGAGAGCUUGUCUCAGUGUUCAAAAACACUUUGCUGGUGUAACUUCAUUUACUCUAAUAUUUUGCAAACAUCUAACUGCAUGAGCCUUUCUUUUCAGUGUUUCCUGAGGAUUUCUGGGUGUUUCACAAGCAAUAGAAAAGUUUCUCCAGUGGAAAUUAGGCUGGUAGGACAACUUCAUGACAAUCGAAACCCAUUCAAAGUGUGGGUGUCAGAUAACAACUGAAUGGGGAACAACUGUAUCUUGUAUUUCUAGAAUGAUUCAUGCUAUGCAAAAGCAUUCAAGUGCUGCAAUCACUUGGGAGCAGUUGCAGAUGACAACUGCAUAGCUGCAGUAAACACAGAUACAUCCAGAGAGGAGAAAAAUGUCCUGCUCUAAUGGUGCAAACCACAUCACUCUGAAACUAUGCUGUCCGUGCCCUUCAAACAAUAAAUAGCAUCUGAAGUCUA